AUGGCCCACUUCGAGAAUGUUGACAGACCAAAGCACUGGAAUUGCUCAACCCAAGCCAAGGGUUGGAGGAACGCGCACCGGUGUCGCCAGGACAACGCCGCAGCCGUUCCUUCCUCAAGAAACUUAGCAUUGAGUUUCCUGGUCCCGACGGAAACGGCGCUAGCGUGGACCGGAAGUCCCACCUCCAAUUACCAGUGGGACACUGCUGGAGUACACGGAUACACAGCUAGAGUACACUGUAGCAAGCAGGCUGUCGUGCACACAGUAGGCGCCAGGAUAGAUAAGGGGGGGUGGGGCGCCCGAACAUCUGGGCUCCUCCUGUUCCUCCCACACCCCUCCAGCUCCCAGGCCAGGAGAGCGGCUAUUCUAUACAGUACGGUAGCGACUCGGAGCCCCUCCUUCGAAACCCCCACCUCCCUUGGCUCUCUCCCCUCCUCUUCCAGCGGAGCCCCGCGGCUGGCUCAAGAAGCCGCGUUGGCGCGCGCGCCGCCGGGCUGCCCCCCUCGCCUGCGCCGGGCUGCAGCGGCCGAGGCAGCUAGUCCGGGCACUCCUUUGCGCCGCGAUGAGCAGUGGGGCGGCCGCGGCGCGCCCGGGCUGCUCCGCCACACCAUGAGACUCUCCUGCAAGGUCGUGGCGAUCCUGCUGUUCCUAGGCAGCCUGCUGCUGCUCUAUCUGCUCGGGGGCAGUGCGGACGAGGCGACCCCCAAAGCGGCCCCCGGCAAGAGCUGGCUGCGCGCUGCGCUCUCGGGCCCCGGGGGAGCCAGCGCGCCCUCUCCCUUCGCCCGGGUCCGACCCUUGGGAGCGGCUCAAGUUUCUAAGCGACUCAGGCAGCCACGUCUCCACACGAAGCCAGGCAGGAGAAGCGCGGGGAGGCAAGACAAGUUUUCGAGCGUUAGAAAGCAUGGGGAGCCAAAACACUCCCAGUCCAUGCCAGCGGAACAAUGGAUGCACCUGGCAGUCGUAGCAUGUGGGGACCGUCUGGAAGAGACGCUCAUUAUGCUCAAAUCAGCCAUCCUCUUCAGCUAUAGGAAAAUUCGAUUUCACAUCUUUGCUGAGGACUCACUGAAGCCUGAAUUUGAUAAGAAGUUGCGACAGUGGCCUCCCUCCUACACCAAGAAAUUCGAACACAGCAUCUACCCCAUCACAUUUUCUGUGGGAAAUGCUCAGGAGUGGAAGAAGCUUUUCAAACCUUGUGCUGCCCAGAGGCUCUUUCUUCCGGUGAUUUUAAAGGAUGUGGACUCGCUUCUCUAUGUAGACACCGAUGUCCUUUUUCUCCGGCCCAUUGAUGAUAUCUGGAGGCUCCUCAAGCAAUUUAAUUCUACCCAGCUUGCAGCCAUGGCCCCUGAGCAUGAGAUCCCCAAGAUCGGGUGGUACAGUCGUUUUGCUCGCCACCCUUACUAUGGAAUGACUGGAGUCAAUUCUGGAGUGAUGCUAAUGAAUUUAACUAGAAUAAGAAAUACACAGUUCAAGAAUAGCCUGAUUCCAACGGGCUUGGCUUGGGAGGACAUGCUGUACCCUCUGUACCAGAAGUACAAGAAUUACAUCACGUGGGGAGACCAGGAUUUACUGAAUAUUAUUUUUUACUUUAACCCAGAGUGUCUCUACGUGUUUCCAUGCCAGUGGAAUUAUAGGCCAGACCACUGCAUGUAUGGCAGUAAUUGUAAAGGAGCAGAACAAGAAGGAGUGUCUGUUCUUCAUGGUAACCGAGGUGUCUAUCAUGACAACAAGCAACCAACUUUCAAGGCAUUAUAUGAAGUGAUGCGUGAUUUUCCCUUUCAAGACAAUCUUUUUCAAUCCAUGUAUUACCCUCUUCAGUUGAAGUUUUUGGAAACUGUGCACACUUUAUGUGGACGAAUUCCGCAGGUUUUUCUGAAGCAGAUUGAGAAAACGAUGAAGAGAGUGUAUGAGAAACAUGUCAUUGUCCACGUCAGAUCCAACCGGAUGUAUUAUUAAUUGCACCUUGUGGAGUCUUUUUGAGGGGGGGAUACUCUCAAUUUGGUUUAUUGUCAGCAGAUGAUUCGCUUCUCUUUUGAUCAAGAAGAUACAAAAAGCUCGAAGCAGGCUGGAUCCUCUUUCAUAGUCAAAGACUGUCAGUAAAAAUGCUUGCGAGAAUUUUGCUGUAUUGAUUUGUUUCAGUGGAGUAUGCUUUUUGUUGAAGGAUCUUUUUUUUUUAAUCCCUAAAAACUCUUUCUUGGUAGGUUUUCCCAUUAUUGCUCCUAAGACAUUGUUGGCAAUUGUAUGAAUUAGCUGUGAAAGAGUCCUCGGGAGCCUUCUGCCUCCUAUCAACGGCACAAAAUUAUUAAGGGUCUCCCUGCUCCUUACCUCCAUCCAGGCUCCCAAAGGAGACAGUCCUUGUUCAAUUGCUUUUUUCCAUUAUAAUACAUCUCUUAGGGAUAGCGUAAGGCAACGUGGGCACAUCUACCAAGACUGUCGAUAGCAGCCUUAGAAAAAAAUAAGAAACAAGAUGAAUUUCGUGUUUACGGUGCUCCGUUGGAAGCCUCUUGAUAGAACUCCAGAACGACUCUGGGUUCCCAUUAAUUAGGUUUUUAUGAGGCAAUGUUGCAGUUGAUAGUAUUUCUCAAGGUGCUUCUUAGGAGAAAUUUUUCCAUGUCAUUUGGAGACUGAACCAGAAGGAUUCGCUAAGCAACAAUAGACUCAACUAGGAAAUAGUGUCAUCAUGUGAAGCCCCUGGAGGAGCUUAUUGAGCAAAGGGAUGGGAAGAUGUAUUUAUACCCAUACAGUGGGAUUGUCUCGCUUCUUUCUCUAGGAGUCUCAGUGUCUUGUGUCUCUGAGCUCUUUGGCAAGAGAAGAAAACUGAAAGGCAACUCCAUUCUGUUCUAAUAGACACCAAAGAGUUUAGCCAAUUGAACUGGCAGAAAAGUUGACUUCCUCUUAGCCACAGAAUUUUCCUGUUUCAUACUUUGCUUUAGGUUUAUGCAUUCACCAAGAAAACCCUCAAGUCCUGCAGAGAGGAGGUGUUCACCUCUUACACAGGGAUCCACCUCAUCUCCAUUUGGUGCCAGGAGGUGGUAACAGUUUAGAGAUGCCUUAGAUCUGUACUUUUCAAAGGGUCUCCUGCACAUACUCUGAGAGGCAGUGUGUUUCAGCAGAGACCACUCAAUUUGCAGCCCAUGGACAAGAAUUUUAAACCCUGGUUCUGCCACUCUCUGUGACCUUAGGUAAAUUAUUUAAGUGUUUUGGACUUCUGUUUCCUUAUCUGUAAAAUGAGGGAGUCUCCCCAAUUAGUUUAUAAGCUCUUUGAGGGCAGGCAGGGACUGCCUUUUGACUCUUUUUUGGAUUUCCAGUGCUUACAACAGUGCCUGGCACAUAAUAGGUGCUUUAAAAAUGUGGAUUGAUUGAUUGACUAGAUAACUGGCUUUCCACUAUGCCACAGAGACAAGAGAAAAAUUGCUGGCUUUCAGGUCCAAGGACUUGAGUUUGAAACAUGGACCUGUUACUCACUGCCUGUGUGAUUUUUGCCCAAAACACUGAGCCUCAGUUUCCCAUCUGUAAAAAUGAGAAAUUUGAACUGGAUAGCUUCUAAGGAACUCUAAAUCUCUGGUUUCAUUUGACCCUCAAGACAAUUCUUUAAGGUAUUUUUGGGGGGUGGGGUGGGAUAGAUUUCUCCUUUUUAAGAGUUAGUUAACAUAGAAGUAAGCAGUCUUACUUGCCAAAGGUCACACAUACACCUCUGAAAAAGCAAAACCUGGGAGCCCUGUUGUCUGCCUCCUUAUCCAUCAUUAGACAUCCUUUAACCCUAAUGGUGGUAGCAUUCAGGGUUUAAAAAAUAAAAAUUGUUUCUGAACCCUGAACUAGAUAACUCUAUAAAAAGGUUUUCUUUUUCCUCUACAUAUUUCUAAAAGAAGUGCCUUUUUAUUAUGAUGAAUAUAUUUACAGUUUGUUCACACUUCUCAAUGCCCUUUUUCAUAAGAGACUUGCCAACAGCCAAAAUGGGGAAAAUCCAAGUUUUGCUGCUGUAGUAGGCAGGUAGCUUACAGAUCCCACCCCAGAGUCCAGGACUCUACCCAGUUAAGCCUAAGAAAAAGUGUAACAAUGUAAACAUUGUAAAUCCUUUUGUGACUUCUUUGCAUCAAAAUAUGUUUGUUUUUGGCUAAAGAGUUUUAGUAGCCCCAGAGGGGGAAAGGAGACAAAAGAAAGCCUGUAGGUUAUCAGGCUGGAAAUUUGGACCUCCUAGCUAUCAGAGCCUUAGAAGAAUCAGGACCAUGACUGCCUUCCAGAAGACUUCCUUCCAGGGAGGCAGUGUGGUGUGGUGGGCAGCUAGGAGGUACCCGAAGACCCCAGUCCAAAUUUAUCUCAGAUACUUAUUAGCUGUGUGUGACUCAGGACACGUCACUUAACUGCUCUUUGCCUGAAGAAGGAAAUGGCAAACUACACCAGUUAUCUUUACCAAGAAAACCCCAAAUGGAGUGGGGAAGAGUUGGGACACAACUGAACAAAUGGUGUAUUGGAAGAAACAGUGGCUUCAGCAUUAGCCUCUCUGGGUCUCAGUUUCUUCAUCUCUAAGUUGAAGAAGUUGACUUCUGGGAUCAUUUCCACCUCCAAAACUGUGCUCCUAUAACCAAAAGAAAGAAAGUUUUGGUUGUGGAAUAGUGUAUAUUCAGAAGCACUUGGGUUAGACAAGGAUGGGGGCAAACAUUGGACAAAGAUCACUGGAAAAAGAAGAGAUGCUCUAUUGUCAUGGAUCUCCUCGGGGAAAUAUACAAAAGAUACACACAAGAAUUGAGAUGGAUCCGGCUCCAUAUAGGUAGCCCUCUAUGCCUUCUUGUGUUGUAUAAAUCAUGGCUUCCAUAAAGCCACCCAGCAUUUUAGACACAAUUCUCUAGUUCUCAUGACAUCACAUGGAUCUCUAGAGUCUCUUUUUAUCAGCUGAAUCCCUCAUUCUUUGGGGAAAAAAAAAAAAGCUUCUUUGGAUUCUACUUGAGCCUUCAGGCUAUCAUUCAAUUGUUGUUUAGUCAUUUCAGUCUCUGCUUGACUCUUCAGGAAUCUAUUUGAGGUUUUCUUGGCACAGAUAUUGGAGUGGUCUGCCAUUUCCUUCUCCAGCUCAUUUUACAGAUAAGGAAACUGAGGCAAACAGGGUUAAGUGACUUGCCCAGGGUCCCACAGCUAUUAAGUGUCUGAGGCCAGAUUUGGACUCAUAAAGAUGAGUCUUCCUGACUCCAAGCCUCACAUUCUAACCACUGAGGCUCCUCCCUUUCUCUUCCAGCUACUAAAAUAAAAACUAUCUGCAUUUAUUACAUUAUUAUUUUACGUUAUUACAUUCUCUUUCCCUUGUGGCCUACCAAUAAAGUAUUUGAACUAUCCAUUAAUUAUUCCUUACUUUAGUCUUAGGAUCCAGCAUAUGGACUAGAAUCCCAAAGGAUGAGAAGGGAUGGAGAACCUUUUAUUUGCCAAACGCUAUCCCCCGCCUAAGUAUGUAUAUUCUUAUUGUGUUACACUAUAGGAUCAUCUUUUUCUAAUCAAGUCAGCUUAAAAAUGGAGAUUGUAUCUUAUAACAAGGAAGUUAGCAAAAGGAAAUAUUUAUCCUUUUUCUUACCCCCUACCCCAUUUAAUGGGAUUAAUUUAAUUCCAAUCAAGCUGCUUCAUUAUAAAACUCCAGAAUCUUAGAACAAGUAUCAUGUUAUUAAUAUCCCUUCUAAACUACUGGCUGUCAGAAAUUCUAAAGCCACAAAUGAGUUUUGGUUGAGAAAGAAAAUAGUAGGGUGGUGUUUGGUUUUUACACUGUAAAACAUUCAUGACUAAUUGUGGUUUCAUUUGCUACUGAAAUAGAGUUCCUGAUAGAAAACUAAAAGUAUCCUGGUAUAAUAAUAAUAAUUUUUUUAAAUCCACUGAAUUUGAAUUCAGAGAAGUCUGGGAUCCUCUUUGAGUUUGUUCCUUCAUCUCUGAAAAAUAUUAAUACUAAUGAUGAAAAAUGAGGGUACGUUCCCUAAAUAGUUCUAACCUCAAGCAUCCCAAGAACUUACCCUCAUUUUUCAUCAUUAGUAUUAAUAUUUUUCAGAGAAAUUUUCAGUAAAUGCUUCCACAAAGCAUGGAAUUGUCUGUUUUAUGCAAGAAGGGAUUUUGUAUGUUAUCAAAUUUAACCACUUCAUUUUUCAACUGAGGAAACUGAGGCCUGUUUGAAGUAUUUUCCCAGCAAGCCCCUUCCCAUUGUGGUAUAAGUGGAAAACGCCAGCAUUUUAAGAUAAUGGAUACCUAGAAGUUAACUUAUUUACUGCCAUUUCAGAAUCGUGGGUUCAUUUUUCUUUUUGGGGUGAUAUAUUUCAUUUCUCGCUUGAAAUCAUCCAUACUGCAAGCUCAGUGCACUCAUUGCAAGUUGCUUGUAAGUUAUCUGGCAUUUAUUUUGAUGACAGGAAUUUGUAAGUCAUGAAUAUACAAUUUUUCAUGUUACAGUUAAGGUAUUGGUAACCUACUAUAGGAAAGCAAUCAUAACCUUGUCAUUUACACAGUCCUGAAAGAAUGGAUGAAAAAAGAACAGCACCGUCAAAGCCUCUCUAACUCACAUGAGAUCAUUAUGCUUGGAAGCCAUGACAGAAUUGCAUGUGUUUGACCGAAAGGCUGAAUGGGAUACGUUAUUUACGUUCAUGAAAUAUUUUGAAUUGUGUGUGUAGGGAGGAAGGGAAUGAAUUUUCCCUCUCUAUUGAAUAUUAGCAAAGGUCAACAGCUUUUGUAGCAUUAAUGCCAAUGGGUAAGGGUAACCUAGAGGAUUGGUGGUGGGGUUACCGGUCCAUUCUCAUGUCCUACAUUCUAUUCUCUUCAUUCUCUUCCCCCUCAUUCCUUGUUUGACUUAAGAUCAAUUCAAGUCACCUGGCAAUUUUUAUUUUUAAAAAACACUUUCCAUCUUAGAAUUAGUACCAAGUAUUGAUUCCAGAGUAGAAGAGGGGUAAGGGCUAGGCAGUAGAGGUAAAGUGACUGGCCCAGGGUCACACAAUAGGACAUAUAACCAUCUAGCUGCCCCCAUCAACAGGCAUUUAUUAAGCACCUUAUAUAUGCUAAGCACUUGGAAUAUCCAUUCAAAAUGGAACUUGCAUUCAUCUACUUCAUUCUGGGAGAAAACUGUAUAGGCAUUGUUCAGUGGCAUCCAGUGCAAAAGAGGCUGAUAAUAAUGCAUAUUUUCAUGUUUUAAUGUUACUAGAAAUGAAAAGAGGGUUAAAAAAAGCAGGAGAGGGACCUGGAGCUCCAAAUGAGGGAUCAUAAUUUGAUUGCACUCUACAGUCUCAUUCAAUCCUUGAAAUUAGAUGUGAUUUGGCCACGCUUUGCAGUAAUUUUUUUUUUUACAGAACAAAACUGGAAAUCACCUUUUGAGUCUUCCAGAGAGAGAGAGAGAGAGUGAAAGAAUGUGAGAAUGCGUGUGUAUGUAUGAAUCAGAACCCAUUACUAUAUCAUUAUUUGAAAAUGUCUCAUUUGUUUCACUUGACAAAUGCACCACUUGUUUAUUGCUCCUAAGGAGAUUGUUACAGUGCAUUUUUAUGUUUGAAAAUUUUUCUGCUUACAUUGUGAAUAAAUGAACUUUUAAAGGAA